CAUCCAUCAUCCAUUCCUCCAUCCGCAGACGUCCAUCCCACUGCCCGCAGCCAACCCCGUCCCGCCUUACAUAGGUGCUAUUUUUCUUCUCUGCCCUUCCAUUCCUCUCGCCCAACAACACUCCGCCGCAUUCUCGACCUCGCAACCACCCAUAUCCCCUCCCCUUUCACGGACCACACCGCAGCCACGCACGCCCCAGUCACUGUGUCGUGGCGGUUAUCGCGACCAUCUGCCCGGCGCCGCCCCAGCUGCUUCAUAUACUGUACCUAUAGACAGGCUCCGGACCCGCCCGGCCGCAAAACAUCCCAGCCGAUAACAGCCGGGCUGUGGGCUGACUGUCCUUGGCCUGCUUGGCCCCCCGUCGCUUUUGGCCGCCGUGAAAACGAACCUUCAACGGCUUUCACUGACGACACCGACGCCGCCGCCGACGACGACGACCCACGAGCGAGUCAGUGAGCACCGCAGACGAGGCGCCGACCUCCCACCCACAUCAACACUGCCUUCGCGUGCCCGCCGUGCGUGCGACUAAGCAUCCGUGCUCUCCCCAACAGCGCGACCCCACCAACACGACGACUCGUAACGAGACUGGCCACCUCAUCUCUCUUCACCCUCACCGACCCGGCGCCAGGAUUGCUGCUGCUGCUGCUGCCUUGCACACCCGCUUCGCCAAUAGUCCCCGUCCCGAAGCCGCGCCCGCCGUCAAGAUGAAAGGGCGCCCCGUCGAGGAGCUCGUUUACGAGUGCAUGUUCCCCAAACCCAAGUCCAACGACCCGAUACACUUCAGCGCCUUCCUUCAACGCUACCUCAUCCCCGAGGUCCGUCAGGAGACGCACUCCUUCUACGGCCAUCUCGAGACCCAGGAGGCCAAGUACCCCGGCCUUGACUACAACCACAAGACGCACCGCAUCCGCCUGAGCCGCUGGCCCUGGCACCGCCGCCUCUUCCGCGCCUUCAACAACCUCGACCUCACCCCCAACGAGAUUGCCAGCCUCACCAAGUGGGAGGGCACCAAAUGGGCCAAGGAGAAGUUUGAGGCGGAGCAGGGCAUCGUCAUUCGUGACACCACCGACGAGGGCUUCCCCGAUUGGACCGAGAUCCCCGACCACACCAGCCGGUCAAACAGCUUCGGGGACGAGCAAGAGCACGUCGGUGCGUCUGCCAUCCGCGGCUUGCGUAUGCUCGACGACGAUGACGACGAAGAUGAAGACGACGAGACGGACGGGGAGCUCGAGAGCGUUGGCGUUGAGCUGAAUGCGCGCCUUCGCGCCCAGGCCGCGAGGCGAGAGGCUGGUGAGACGUCGGCCGUCCUGGACGAGGAAUGGGAGCAGUGGCUCAAGCACGCCAUCGAAUCCGGCGAACUGACAAUCAUCACCGACCGCAUUACAGACCAGAUGCUCCGCAGGGCCGCCUCGAGCUCCUCCGUCAUCCCCGCAGCCCUCGUCCCACCCAGCAUGCUCAACGCCGCCCGCGCGGGACAGUGGUCCGAGAUCCCCGAGCUGCUUCAGCCCGUCCUGCAGCGAACCAUCGACGCCGAGGACGCGGGCACCACCAGCAGCGGCAGCGCCGGGACCCAGACUCCCAGCGACAGGUCUGCGACGCCCUCGACGGCUUCCUCCAGGCUUCCUUCGCUCGACGAUGGUUCCCGGCCGCGCGUGUCGUGGCUGCGGCGACGUUCGAUCUCGGGUCUCCGCCUCCCCGUCGGCGAGGCAGGUGCCACGUCACGCACCGCCGAGACAUCGGGAGCCUAGGCACGAAUGCCCGUCUCCUUUCUACGAAUUUGAUGACCGCGCUUGAUUGGACCCCGUCGUGUCUUGUCUGAUAGACAACUGCGAAUUCCGGAAAGAAUUGACUACUCCUUGGAGUGGACACGAUAACUAUGCGCAUAUACGAGUGCACCUGCGAAUCGAGCAAGACUGCACAUGCGUUGAAGCGUAGUCGCUUUGAAAGAUACUUUGAUGGUAGCAUCCGAAUCACUCAGCCCUCCCCCCUUAUGGCCUCGUCUAGGCCCGCACUCGUGGGGGUGAGGUGCCACCGGCGUUUGGGAGGCGUUUCUACGCUUGAUGAUUGUUUUUAUCUUUUUGUUUUUCUUCUUCUUAUUGCUUGGCUGCUCCUGCAGGCGUGCAGUUUGACAAAAGCCGCUAGUAGCGAGAAGGAGGCGGAGGGAGGGAACGCAGAUUCGAGGCAUGAGAGUCGCGCAGCGAGGGUCGAGGACGCGGGCGGGCAGACUCUGGGCCCCGUGCUGGGCGCGCGGCCCCGUGUCCCCCUGCUAAUGUUUUGUCGUCGUACAACAACCAACAACAACAAUCCCUCCUGAAAGUCGGUGCGUUGUACAUACGAAUGAGCUGCUGGGUUUACACGCCUCGUGGCUUGGUCGUAGAUAGAUUUUGCGAGAAACAAGGCCCCCUUGGUGAGGUAUGAAGCGGGCAUAUCAACUCAUGUACGCGGUCGGUACCGUUUUUCGAGAAUAGAAUCCACGUCCCGUCUACUUCAUUAGUACCUACCUUAGGUAGCUGCAUCACACAAGACUGUCCGCUACUAUUGCGCUAG